CUUCGUUACCGGGCGUCUUCCCCCGCCGCCCGCUCGCCAAAUCCAGCCCGCCGCCCCCAAAACCCUAGCCUCCGAACCUCCAUUCCACAACCAUGGGAGGGCGAAACAGACCCACGGACAAGCGGGUGAGCGGAGGAGACCGGUCCGCCGCCGCGACCGCCGCGGCCGCCGCUGCUGCGGCGCAUCGGGCCAUCAAGGAAGCCUGCGUGGAGGCGCUCGGGAAGAGGAGAUCCGGGGAUACCGAGGGCGCCGUCAACCUCGCGUGGAACCUCAAGGAUAGGUAUCCUAUGUUUCCCGCCCCGUUGAACCUCGUCGGUAAUAUCCACGAGGCUGUUGCUGAUGAAGUCGAGGCCGCCCUUGCGGACCUCGCCACCAAGGACCACGACGACAUAAAGGGAUUCGAUGACUACAGCGCCAGGAUGAGGGCUAACGUGCGCGCCUGUCGUGAAACAGCGGCCGGAUUGUACGCCAAGGCUGUAGAGCUGGCCCCCAAGUGCGCAUACACCCGGGCAAGCCGUGGGCGGGCGCUCGCCCUUUGCGGCCAUGAGGCGGAAGGCCACAUGGAGUUGAUUUCGGCCGUCCGCAUCAACUUCCCUGACAGCCCUGAUGUGGCGAAUCCUUGGGUGCUCCCAGAUGACAGUUCGGCACAGGAAGAGCUUGCAGUUUUUUUGCAUAACUGCGAGGUUGAGGUGUACUCUCGUUCCAAGGUGCUGCUCAAGAUGGUUCGGGAUGGGUUUGCUGCACAGGCCAAGCACUUGUCAUCCGUUCUAGCUUCCAAGUACCCAUUUUCUGCUCGCGCUGUGAUGCUUGAACCUUAUCUAGACAGAGAGAUUGCUGAGAAAUCCAACAGUACCAGUUGCAAGUAUUAUGAGAAGCUUGUGAAAGAAACUCUGUGCAUGGCAGACACCUUUGGCAACUCCUUGGUUGUAGCCUUGUUCAGGAUCGAGCUGAUGAUUGCAGCAGGACAAUACAACAGUGCUGCCAAAGCAUGCGCAAAAGCUCUGGAUAUGAAAUCACCUGACGAUCCGUUGUUCCAGGAGAUCCCUCCUGGUGACCGCACAUCAGGAGUUGAGCGCCGCCGCGACGCGCGGGUCAAGUGUUUCACUGACAGACUUAAAGAACUGAUGGUGCAAAGUCAGCUAAGCUUGAAGUAUGAUAUUCACCAAGUCGAUAAUAGUUCUGCAAAGAAGCAGGGUCAUAAAAAACCCAAUCUCAUGAAAGUCACUCCAAAGAACCGAAGGCCAAAGCUCAAGCUCUACACGGACAGCGAGGACAUGGACAUCGACGACUCAGCUUUGAACACCAAGAAGGCUGACACUCCUGUUAUUAUCAGAGAGGAACAGAUCAUGGGCGACACAGUGGUGCCUCUUAAUGUGGUUGAUGCGUACGCUGAUUAUUGUCGCUACCGGGAUACUUGUCCCAAAGGAAAUGUCGUGUGCCACUUCUGUGUGAUCGAGCUUGGGGAGGAACGUCGGUAUCACUUUCGCAGAGGCAAUCUAAUAUGGCACUCUAGGAAGCACCAGAAGGGCUCCACAGUUCAGUGUGAUGAAAAAGGUUGUGAAACAAGAUUGUGCACACAAGAAGAUAUCGAUCGCCAUAAGUUUUAUUGCCAUGAAUUUCGAGCAGGAUGGUGGAAGAACUGGCCCCCUCUUCAUAAAAACUGAUGCUUCAUGCUGCGGAGAUACGGAUGAGGUGCUGAAACUGAUGGGCUGUACAAACGGAUACGGAUGAUGUGGGUAAAUGAGAUGCCGGUGACUUGUUGAAACUGAUGGGUUGUACAAACGGACACGGAUGAUAUGGGUGAAUGAGAUGCCGGUGAAUUGUUGAAACCGAUGGGUUGUGCAAACGGAUACGGAUGAUGUGGGUGAAUGAGAUGCCGGUGAAUUGUUGAAACCGAUGGGUUGUGCAAACGGAUACGGAUGAUGUGGGUGAAUGAGAUGCCGGUGAAUUGUUGAAACCGAUGGGUUGUGCAAACGGAUACGGAUGAUGUGUGUGAUGUUACAGCUUGUGGAACAAGGAAAGAUACGUGGGAUGUUAAUCUGAAUAUUGUCAGGUACUUGUUUCUGUACAAUAGAAUCGGGCAAGGCGUUUAUGUCUAAAAAAUGAUGUCUUUGUUUGCAUGUUGUCUUUUUGCAACAAGAAAAAAACGCCGAAUCAAUAGCUAAAGACCUGCAUCCUGAGGCCUACUCGUGAGACACAUGCCUCGCAUGCACCAGCCAGGCUCAAGAUGUCCAGCCCGUCCUGGAGCCGAUGGCCGGACCUCGUUGCCGUCUCUUCGAGAGCCACAACAGCCACCUGCGUCGCCACUCCACUGACCUUGCCGUCGUCGCAGGAACUGCUCCGUCGACGUCAAACGCCAACCGAGCCGCCUACACGCCAUCGCCACGGAGCUCCUCCUUGAGCUCGCCUGUCUUGGAACCAGGCAGGAUUGAGUUCCCCGCAACGGUGCUGACCUAUCUUCAUAUACUAGCUGCAUAUACUC